ACAACAAGAACCUGACGGUGGCGGCGAUGGCUCAGGAAAAGCAGAACAAGUCUGCGGUGAUUGAGGCGAACUCUCGGCGCAGAUCUAAUGUCGUGAAAGAAGUGGACAAAAUCAAGAAGCAAAGGGAAGAACGGAGGGCACGACAGGCGGAACAGAAGGCCGAGAAGAUAGAGCUGAUGAAUGCCGUGGAACCGGGCUCUCAGAACCAGUGGGAGUUCCUGUCGAUGAUCCGUGAAUAUAGGGCUCAACUCGAGUACAAACCGAUAACAAUGAAUGAUUCGGUGGACUUCCACCAGAUCUGUGUGGCCGUCCGCAAGAGACCGCUCAACAAGAAGGAGGCGCAGAGGAAGGACAUCGAUGUGGUGACGAUUCCCAACAAAGACCUCAUUAUAGUCCACGAGCCCAAGCAGAAGGUCGAUCUGACCCGUUAUCUCGAGAAUCAAAUGUUUCGUUUCGAUUACGCCUUCGACGAGAGCGCUGACAACGAACUCGUCUAUAAAUAUACCGCAAAGCCUUUGGUUCAGACCAUUUUUGAUGGAGGAAUGGCUACUUGUUUUGCUUACGGCCAGACCGGCAGUGGAAAGACGCAUACAAUGGGCGGUGACUUUCACGGCAAGUCUCAGGACUCGGCGAAAGGCAUCUACGCUUUGGCCGCGAGGGAUGUCUUUAAACUAUUGCGGUCUUCAAAGUAUAAAUCAGAGGAUCAAACAGUUUUCGCCAGUUUUUUCGAGAUAUACAGUGGAAAGGUGUUUGAUCUGUUGAACGGAAAGGCAAAGUUAAGAGUAUUAGAAGACGCCAAACAACAGGUCCAAGUGGUUGGCCUCAUAGAAAGACGAGUUGAUAGUGUAGAAGACGUUCUGAAACUAAUCCAAAUGGGGAACAACAUCAGGACAUCGGGUGUCACGUCUGCCAACAACCAUUCGUCUCGUUCUCACGCAGUCUUUCAAUUGAUUCUGAAGAGACAGACGGGAAAAAUGAAGGGAAAGUUCUCUCUAAUUGAUUUGGCCGGUAAUGAGAGGGGAGCCGACACUUCAAGUGCUAAUCGACAGACUCGUAUGGAAGGCGCAGAGAUUAACAAGUCUUUACUGGCGCUAAAGGAGUGCAUCCGUGCUUUGGGUCGAAAAGGCGCUCAUUUGCCGUUCAGAGCGAGUAAAUUGACUCAAGUAUUGCGCGAUUCGUUCAUUGGGGAGAACUCGAGGACUUGCAUGAUAGCGAUGAUAUCUCCCGGCGUUCUUUCGUGCGAACACUCAUUAAAUACUCUACGAUAUGCUGAUCGCGUCAAAGAGCUCGGAGCUGAUAAUCCAGAUCUUAAGACCAGUGAUGGCGAUGAAGACAUGUCUGCGAGCGGCGAUGAUUUAGCCAUUCUUCACAACUCUAAU